CACAAAGGCCCAGAAGAGCAGGUGAGCUGGCAGCAAGGUGGAGCUGCCCAGUUCCCUUGGGGGUGCUCGGCCUGCACAGAGUAAAAUGGAGCCUCCUGAGACCUUCAUGAGAAAACUACCCAUCACACCAGGGUACGGUGGCUUCAUACCGUGGCUCAGUUGCCAGGGACCCUUCAGCGAGGAUGACAUGAAUCACUGUGUGAAAGCCUUCCAGGAGAAAACGCAGAGGUACAAGGAGCAACAGCAGGAAUUGAACUGCUCUGUGAAUAGCAUCCCGGCCCUGAAGCCCAUCUGCUCCGAGAACACAGUCCUGUGGAAGCUGCAUGAGUAUGCCAAGAAGUACCACCCCCUGACUCUGGAAUGCAAGAAUGUGAAGAAGCCCCUAAAGGAGCCCCCCAUCCCUGGCUGGGCAGGCUACCUGCCCAGAGCCAGAGUCACUGAAUUUGGCUGUGCCACAAGGUAUACCAUCAUGGCCAAAAAGUGCUAUGAGGACUUCCUGGAUCUGAUGGAGCAGGCCAAGAGGGCCCAGCAGAAGCCCUAUGAGCAAAUAUAUGGUGUGAGCUCUGAACAGCCUCCCCAACCUUCUCCAAAAGUCUCGCAGCUCCAAGGUCUCCCACCUGAAUACCCGGAAUCCUCUGUGCCAGGUCAAGCACUUCCAAGUGAGGACUCCCGAGCUCCCGGAACCUGUGGCUGUGCUCAGUGGUCCAGUCUGUCAUGCAGCAGGAAUGCAUAUGAGAGAUACCCACCCCAAGAGAUGCAAUUUGCAGUGGGCCAGAGCCUUACACCCUCCCAAGAGAUUUGAGCCUCAAGGGACUUGAGAAGCCUGCUGCACUUGCCUGUCCCACUCUUGGGCAAUGAGGAGAUUGAAUAAGAAUUCUUUAACUGCUACCUGUGCCCUGCGAGAUUGGCCUUGUCAGCCAUGACAAUCUUUGAAUAGAGAGGUUACCUCUCAGCCUGUUUUUUUUUCUGUUUUUGUUGGGACAGGGGGAGGGGCGGCUAAUGGGAGUUCUCAAUAUGUUGACCUAGUGAAGGGCCCAUCUAGGGCUGUCUCAUCCUACCACCAAGGUAACCUUGUGUAUCUGGGUCUGGUUCUUCUUCGAAAGCCUAGCCAGUGGGUCCUGGUAUAGCCUGCCUCCAGCCCUGGUACACAUAUUCUACUCCAGCCCUGUUUUUCUAGAAUCUAAGUCCCCAGGGAGACUCCAGCUGGUGGACCAGCUAUGUGAAAUUACCAGGACUCUUUAAACACAGUACCCAGCUGGGUGGCUUCAUCAUACACAAAGCCCAAAUCUGUAGGUUUCAGUUGCUGGGACCAAAUACCUAAGAAGCAGCUCAAGGGUGGAAGGGUUUGUUGUGGCCACAGUUUGGGGCUUCAGAGUCCAUCAUGCUGGGGAAAGCAUGUCAGAGAGGAACAGGAGGUGGCCAGACA